GCGGCCCCGGCGGCGCAAAAUGGCCACGGCUCUGCACAAACCCCUCAAAUGCCUGGGGGAGGAGUUCUACCGCGAGGCUCUGGAGCACUGCCGCAGCUACAACUCCCGGCUCUGCGCCGAGCGCAGCCUCCGCCUGCCCUUCCUGGACGCGCAGACCGGGGUGGCCCAGAGCAACUCCUACAUCUGGAUGGAGAGAGCGCACCGGCGGCCCGGCCUGUCCCCGGGCCAGAUCUACUCGUACCCUGCCCGCUGCUGGCGCAAGAAGCGGCGCCUGAACAUCCUGGAGGCUCCGCGGCUUCGGCCCUACUGCGAGGCGCCGCUGCGGAAGGAGGGGGCGCUGCCCGAGGGGCCGGUGCUGGAGGCGCUGCUCUGCGCAGAGACCCCCGAGCGCAAGGGGGGAGACGGCAGCAAGGACGAGGAGACGGCGCUCGAGGGAACGAAGCCGCCCCCUCCUGAGUUCCCGCACGACCCCGACGGGGACGAGCUGGACGAUGACCCCCCCCGGCGCAAGAACAAGGCCAAGGGCAAGGCGUAUGGGAUGGUGAUGAAGAGGAGGGUGGACGCUGUCUUGGAGGAGCGGGACAAGCCCUACGUGUGUGACAUCUGUGGGAAGCGCUACAAGAACCGCCCUGGGCUCAGUUACCACUACACCCACACCCACCUGGCCGAGGAGGAGGGCGAGGAGCCGGGGGGGGGCGCGGGGCCCCCCCGCAGGAACCACCACAAGCAGUUUUACAAAGAGUUAAACUGGGUCCCUGAAAACCAGCGCAGGAACACAGGCCGCCCCGCCCCCCCCGGGCCCCCCCCCGAGGGUCCGUGCGAUUUCUGUGCCGGCGGAGCCCGAGCGCGCGGGGCCGAGGAGCAGCUGAUCGCAUGCGCCGACUGCGGGAGAGCCGGGCACCCGUCAUGCCUGCAGUUCUCGCUGGCCAUGGCGGCGGCGGCGCGCUCCUACCGCUGGCAGUGCAUUGAGUGCAAGUCCUGCAGCCUCUGCGGCACCGCCGAGAACGACGACCAGCUGCUGUUCUGUGACGACUGCGACCGCGGUUACCACAUGUACUGCCUGAGCCCGCCCAUGGCCGAGCCCCCCGAGGGGAGCUGGAGCUGCCACCUGUGCCUGAGGCAGCUGAAGGAAAAGGCCUCGGCCUUCAUCACCCUCACUUAGGGGGGGCCAAAACCC